CAGCCACACAACCCCGCCUGCCGAUGUCACAGUUUGAAAUGAGGUGGGGAUGUCAUAUGGAGCUGCUGAGACAGACAGUGACAAUGAGAAGUUUAUUUCAUUUGAUAGCUGCUUUGAGCGUGUAUUCGAGCUGAAAUGGAGGACGCAGAGGUCCGACAGCAGAAGCUGGACAAUCAGCGUUCGCUUUUAAUCAAGAAACAACAAAGAAGAAGAGCAGAUGCCCGGAUGGUCACAGCGAAUCAUGACAUUCGUCCCAAGACACGUAAACAGAAAGCUGAGGCUGAUGAUACAGCUUUAUUGAUAAGCCAAUCUCAGAGCAACACUUCCCUCAAUGACACACAAUCUGAGCAGAUUUAUGAAAACACAGUGGAAGAAAUUUGUUUAGGAGAACUGAACAUUUCAUCCAGGGCAGAAGAGAUAUCGGAAGAGGCAGCUCUUUCUGUUCCAGUCAUCACUAAGAAAAUUGAUCUAGAGAUCAGCCCGCAGCUCAGCGAUAAAUGCACUUUAGACACAGAGGGCCAAGCAGAUGGAAAGAAAACUAAGAAGAAGGCUGUGAAGAAGGGGCAAACCAAAUUACUUGAACCAAAACUUGCAUUAGAGGCUGAGGAAAAUGAAGGGAAAGAGAAAAAAACAGUGAAGAAGAAGGAUAAGACAAAUGAAUCUAAGGAGAAAGCGCAGACGGGGGAACAGUCUUCAAUUCAGACUGAUUCAGUGGUGGAAUUCAAUGUUAAUGAAGAGAAAAAACCUGAAUCAGAGAGUGAGGAUGAAAGAAAAGACUGGACAAAGAGCCCCAUCCCUCCCACACCAAAGAAACAACAACAGCUGAAGCCAAUGAGAUGUCAUCUCAGUGAUAGUGAGGAAGAAAAACAGGAUGAAGAAGAGGAGGACAAGAAGAGCAAAGCUAGAAAAACCUCAAAGAAGUCUAAAAAUGGAGCAAAAAAUAACGAUAUUGCUUCUUUAAACUCCAACUAUAAGGAGCCUUCUUCUGACAGUGACUCUCUGGACAUGGGAAAGUCCUCUCCUAUGUCUUUGGAGGAUCUAGAACAGUUUGCCAUGCGUCCUGCUCCAAGAGAUGUUACUAUUCAGUGCAGGAUCACCAGAGACAGGAGGGGAGUGGAAAAAGGGAUGUAUCCCACAUAUUACCUCCACAUGGAAAAGGAGGAUGGGAAAAGGGUCUUUCUGAUGGCUGGCAGGAAAAGAAAGAAGUGCAAAACUUCAAAUUAUUUGAUAUCAAUCGAUCCUACAGAUUUAUCCAGAGACACUGACAGCUACAUAGGCAAACUCAGGUCAAAUGUCUUGGGGACUAAAUUCACUGUGUAUGAUAAUGGCGAGAAUCCAGAAAGGAAACAAUUCAUCAAAGAAACAGAUGCACUGCGACAAGAGCUAGCAGCAAUAUAUUAUGAGAAAAAUGUUCUGGGUUUCAAAGGUCCCAGGAAAAUGACAGUAAUAAUUCCUGGUAUGCACGAGAAUGAUGAAAGAGUCGUUAUUCGACCAAAAAGUGAGCUGGAGUCUCUGCUCACCCGAUAUGAGAAUGGUAACAAAGAGAAUCUUGUCACCCUUGUAAAUAAAUCACCCAGCUGGAAUGAGCAAACUCAGUCGUAUGUGCUCAAUUUCCAUGGCCGAGUUACUCAGGCAUCUGUGAAAAACUUUCAGAUUGUCCAUCCAGAUAAUGUGGACUACAUCGUGAUGCAGUUUGGCCGGGUAGCAGAAGAUGUGUUUUCCAUGGACUACAGCUUUCCCAUGUGUGCUCUACAAGCAUUUGGCAUCACUCUGUCCUCAUUUGAUGGCAAACUGGCCUGUGAAUGAGUUUCAUUCAUGUGGGGCCUGUACCAUGAUGGUAGUUGAACAAACUCAGGGUUAUAGGAUUAGUUUCGAGUUGACAAAACCAAACCACUCCAAUCCAGCUUUGUUGGUACCAUGAUGCUGAUCAUCAACUUUCUCUGUCAACUCAGGCUUUGAUCCUGAGUUUGUGGAGCGCGUGCACAUGAAUGAGUGACAUCAGUGGUGAACAGCCAAUCACAGGCCUUGCAACAGAGAGAAACUCUGAUUCACUUCUCGCGAGAGAGCCAGCGUGAUUCAAAACUCUUGCUGAAGGUUAAGAGAUUAAAGAAAAUUAAGAAUUUAGACGCAUUUACACUAAAAAAAAAUACUUGUCCAUGAAAGAGGACAGAUAAACGAAAUUAUCUUGCUCUAUCAGUGAAACUUGUGAAGUUAUAGUUGCUUGUUAAUAUAUAGCAAUAGAGACUCAUACAUGUAAGGUCACGUUGUCAUUUUUAAAGAGUUAUCUAUUGAUUCUACAGCUUAUAUGAUCUAUAUAUAUUAAUAGUCAUUUAAACUAAAUGCUUAAUAAUAACUAAAAUUGCUUGUGUGAAAUGGAUUAAUAAUAAUAUAGAUCAUAUUCUAAUUAUAUAAAUCAUAAAAUAAUUCUAAUUAUCAUUAAAGACAGACAAUUUUAUCUUUAAAUAUUUGUUUUUACUAUAUAGUGACCUUUAAUUUGGAGAAAGUGAAACUGGGGGCGUGACUUUACUGCGCUGGAUGUGUCAGUGUCACUUUUCUCACAUCUGAUUGGUCCAAUUUCAGUUUGAGAUCUCUAAUCCAGAACAUAACCUGCCCCGGAGCAGGUUAGCCGUGGAGCGUCAGUUACCAUGGCGAUGAACACCGCUAAAAGCCAAGUCAUUUUCAUGGUACCUAAAACCCAGGAUUGGAGCAAACUAAUCUGAAACUUACCUGGCUAGCCAGCUAAUCUGGCUUCAUGGUACAGGCCCCUGUAUUUUCUGUUCGUUUAAAAAGGGAAACUUUGGAGUACUUUAUGAUAUUAAAUGUUCUUGCAGUCGGAAAUGAAAGUACAAUGUAUACAGUAGAUAAUGUAUCUGCUUUAGUAACUAUUUGUGAAUCUACAAUUAGUAACUUGAAAUGUAUUAAGUUUGUUCAUAUUUGUUUCAUAUUUAAAUUCUACAUUUAAAAAUAUUUUCCAAGACUGUUUAAGCGAAUCAUUUUCUUUUUAUUUCCUUUUUGUUUGUUUUCUUUGUUUACAUGAAAAAUAAAGCUUGACAUUCCUUGUUAAAUAAGGCUGAAUUAUUAAUUUUAUUCAGUUACUCUUCAUAAGGUUACAUCGACUUCUUUUGUUCAUCUUACAGCUCUACAUUAUUCUUUUACUUUUAUG